UUUUGCGUGAUCACACCGUAUGACGCCCAAAGAGCUGCUAUAGAAAGAGAGCUGAAGAUGCAAUGUCUGCCUUGGGAACGGGUAUUCAAUGUUGACAGUUUCCAAGGAAACGAGGCAGACAUCGUCCUAGUCUCUGUCGUCCGGUGCAGCGAUCCCGGGUUCCUACGCUCCGACCAGCGAAUGAAUGUCAUGCUCACACGACGUAGACGAGGUCUUGUUAUUGUUACGAACCGCAGUUUCCUCUCGGGACCCGGCCAGUCAACCCUCGUCGGGAAACUGGCUCGU